AAUUAAUGCAAGCAGAAACACGAGGAAAGACAAAAGCAUCAAUGGCUUUCUCUCCUAUCACCAAAUCACUUCUGUUCAUCGCUAUUUUGUUUCUUGUUCUUCCUCUCGGCUCACGUGCAGCACAUCCCGCCAAUACAAACUCGGUUCUUACUUACCACAAUGGCCCCAUGCUUACCGGUCAAGUUAACCUGGCCAUUAUGUGGUAUGGCCGUUUCGCUAGAGACACCAAAAAUAUCCUUCGUGAUUUCAUACGUUCAUUAAACGCUCCUAGGGUUGGAGAUCCAUCUGUUUCCGAAUGGUGGAAAACCGUCGAAAGAUACCAAUCUGCUGCUCAUCCAGGUGCUCGUAGUGGACCUAUCCGGGUUAAGAUUGCGAAACAGAAAACUGAUAAAAACUAUUCUGUUGGGAAAAUAUUGACGGAAGAUUUUAUUCAACCUCUAAUUGAACAAGCUACCGGAGGUGCAUCCUCUUUUGUUACUGUUAUAUUUGCGGCGAGAGAUGUUUCAGUUGUUGAUACAUGCGAUGGUCGGUGCUCUAAACAUGGGGUACUUGGUGCAGGCCGAGCAUCCCGUUUAUAUGUGGUUGUAGGAAGCCCAGAAACCGAAUGCCCUGGUGUGUGUGGAUGGCCAUUUCAUAAAGCUGAUUACGGGCCACAAACUUUGCCUUUACAACCACCAAACGGGAAUAUUGGUGCAGAUGCGAUGGUUAUAGGGCUUUCUCAGGCUUUGGCUGCCGUUGUUACUAACCCAUACAACAACGGGUUUUUCGACGGACCACUAACGAGACCACUCGAGGCUGUAACGGCUUGUCCUGGUAUGUUUGGAAGUGGGUCGUUUCCUGGUUAUACAGGUAAGGUUCUAAUGUCACCUGGUACUGGUGGUUGCUUCAAUGCUCAUGGUGUCAAGGGACGGAAGUUCUUGCUUCCUGCAAUUUGGAGCCCUGAUACUCGUCGAUGUUGGACCCUAUUGUAAAAAGCUACUUCCUUGAUGUAACUAACAAAGCAUACAAAUGUUGUCUUCUGUAAGCAAGAUCCAGUGAGGAAACUUUUGAAAAACAAAAUGUAAUAAAGGUAAAAGAACUCUUAACAAAAGUGAGUUAAAACAAGAGAUGCAACAUUCAUAGGCGGAAAUACAGAUUCUUAGUCGACCAAAAUGAGCGUCCCCAGUGGGUAGAGCAGAAAAAGAAAUUAUCGUAAAGUUCGUUGUUGAGUAAUGACACUCCUAGUGACAUUGUAUCAAUCAUAAGAGUUAAAUUCAUUUUCAUUACAGAGAA